UGUUCUUUGGUGGUCUUUUGCUUUGCCAUUUUUAAGAGAGAGAAAAACACAGAGAAAGAAUCUCGAGAGAGGGAUUUGAAUCCAACACCUGGUCUUCUUGGGAGACAUUGAUUUCUUGGUUUCCUUGAAUUCUCUGGGUUCGUGAAAUUCUACAGUGAAUCUUCGUUUUGUGUUUUCAUUCUUUUUCGUUUAAUCUGUACAUGAUUGUAGAGGUUUUUUAACACAGGAGAUCAGUCUUUGUUUAUAACACAAGAUAAGCGGAUCUGAGCAAUGAUGCUCCUUGUUUGAUGAAUUCUAAUUGCCGUGUAUGCUUAAGAUAUGGUGGUGAAGAAGAGACAAUAUUAUGGUUUCAAUGGCUUCCACAUGCCCCCAGUUCCCAGGGCUCCGAGAUCAGCUAGACAGAGGGGUUUGAGUUUGAAUAAAAAGAAAGUUGAGGAUAGUCAAUUAUGCGCAUUUGAAUUACUCGCAUCCUUAGCGGGCAAGCUAUUGCAGGAGAGUGAAAGUUCUGCUUCUAGCAAUGCAUCCGAAGCAAAUGAUCAACCUAUAAUUGAUGGUGGUGGUGUGAAAUGUGAGCAAGCUGAAGAUAGACCAUUGAAAGCAGAAUGCCGUGAUCAUGGAAGUUGUGGAGAAAGUGCUUUUGUCACCGGGUUUUCCUCGCCAAAUAGUGAUCAAAAGUGCCUUCUAAAUGAUUUUGCACAUGCUGAGAGCUAUUCCAUUUUGGAGCGCUCUUCAAUGAUCUCAAAUUCUAAUUCCUCAGAGAAAGUUGGUGCUGAUUUGAAGACUGUGAUUUGCAAAAGCAAGAGCGUGUGUGAAAAUUUCACUGGUAAAGUUGAGGGCUCUUUUGAUUCUAAGGUGUCUUGUGAUGGUUAUGUAGACAAUGGGUUUAGGAGGCAUCAAGGUGGUGAUGGGCUAGAUACUGGGGGUUUGACUGCUGAGAAUGCUUGCAGUUUGAAGGAUCCGAUGGAAAUGUGUAUGAAAUUUCCUGCAUUGAUCAAACCAGACAAUGAUGUUGAAUUGCCAUCACGCAGGGAACCAGUUCCUAAUACUUCUAUUCCAAGGCGUAGGAAUGAUACUAAAUUAGGUGUUAGAGAUGACGACCUAAACUUUUCUAGGUGUAAAAAGUUGUUAACUAAGCCAAAGGCUUUUAGGCCUCCACAACGAAUUGGAGACCGAAGAAUAAGGAAGCUGCUUACUUCCAAAUACUGGAAAGUAGCUCCAAAAUUGAAGGAAUGUGAACUUUCCAAACCUGCAUUUUUUGAAGGGGGGAUGAAGCCUCACUAUCGCAAGAGGAAAUUAUGUUAUGGUCGUGAAAGGUAUCAACAUGACACUUUUUAUAAGAGGAAGUGCACUGACCGUAGUGUAGUUGUGACUUCUGAUGGAGGGUUCAGCAGUGAAAGUGUUUGCAAUUCACCUGAUAAGAGCUUGACUGGAGACAAGAAUGGCACAGCCGUAAUGCUUCAUGGAGCAAAUGGGGUAUCAUCUUCAGUUAUAGGUCAUCAAUCACCCUUCCACUCCAAGGAUUCUCAUGUGAAGUUCAGUAUUAAGUCCUUUAGAGUUCCAGAGCUUUUCAUUGAGAUCCCAGAAACUGCAACUGUUGGUUCACUGAAGAGAACUGUGCUGGAGGCUGUGAGUGCUGUACUUGGAAGUGGUUUACGAGUUGGGGUGCUUCUUCAUGGAAUGAAGGUCAGGGAUGACAAUAGAACCCUAUUGCAGACUGGUAUGACUUCAAAAGAGAAUCUUGAUACCCUUGGUUUCUCAUUGGAGCCUAUUCCUGUGCAAGCUCCUCCACCCUUAUGCACAGAAGAUCCUGCGCUAUUACCAUGUGACACAUCUCAACUUAUAUCAAGUUCUCCGACCACUCCUAUUAUAGAUUCAGGAAUUUCUGAUGCCUUACCUGAUCCUCCUCCAUCGACUAAUUUGGACACUAACACUGAAAGUAAUCAUGAAUCAGUUUCCUCUCAUUCUGACAUGGUAACUGAUGAUACACUGUCGGAUUCUAGAGCUCUGGUUGCAGUUCCACCAAUUAAUGCUGAGGCUCUUGCAAUGGUGCCUUUAAACCAGAAAUCUAAGCGAUCUGAGCUUGUACAGCGUCGAACCAGGAGACCAUUCUCUGUGUCAGAAGUAGAAGCACUUGUGCAUGCAGUUGAGGAAGUUGGAACUGGAAGGUGGCGUGAUGUUAAAUUGCGUUCUUUUGAAGAUGCAGACCAUCGUACAUAUGUGGAUUUGAAGGAUAAAUGGAAGACAUUGGUUCACACUGCUCGGAUUGCCCCUCAGCAAAGAAGGGGCGAGCCUGUUCCCCAGGAGCUCUUGGACAGAGUCUUGGCUGCUCAUGCUUACUGGUCCCAACAUCAAGCUAAGCAACAUAGCAAGAAUCAGGCUGCUAUAUUAAAGAUCACUGUCGCUCAUGCUGUUAGAAAUGGAGUUGAAGAGAACCACUCAAUAUGAUGUACAAAGAAAGAGAUGUUGACACGGACAGGAAACAGGAGAUGUACAGAGUAUUCAAAUUUAUUUAGUAUUUUUCAUGCUCAGGUUGAUUCGUUGCCACCUUCCCAAACUCCGUGAGGCUGGCAUUUGUAAAUGAUUUGAUGGAAUAAGGAACCUGCUCUAACAGAA